CGUGUUCCGAGUUGAAAUGGCAGUUAGUUCUCUUUCCCUUGUGGGUUGGUACAGUUGGCGGUACGCUCCAGUAGUCUCGUUAGCGGUUAGAACCGACACCGACAAUAGACGAUAGCGAAGAUACAGUGAUAAGCAGACAUUCAAGGAUCUCCUCUGCCGGCAAGAACAUCAUACAAGCAAUGGAUGACGGUCGUUGGGUCCUCCCGUUGGCGUUACUACUGAUCGUAACCGUUGGAGUUCCGGUGUCUGGUGCAGGAUUUAACAGAAUAGGAUACGAAGCGACCGGAUGUUCUCGUAACAGUCCCACACUGAACAAAUGUAUGGAGCGAGCGAUCCAGUACUACAUCAGCUAUAUGUACAGUGGGACGAUCAAUGAUCGGACGACCGUGUCUUCGCUGGAUCCGCUCACACUGCCCGAUGCGACGCUAAUCGAAAAUGACGAUGUAGUGUCUACGUUUACCAGGCGACAAACGACCGGCUUCCGGAACAUGUACAUCACCGACGUUAGAUCGGAUAUAACACGACUAGAGUUCUACUUUAAGUUUCACAUCUCAGCCAUCGACACGAGAGGCACGUACCAUGCAAGGCUCCUCACGCGUCCCGAAAUCGCCGAAUGGUCCCAGAUGACCUACUCGAUACGAAACUCCUCAAUACAGCUACAGCUGAAAGGCUACAACUACGACAGUGAUGGUCGGGUAUUUCUGAAAGUAAACGUCACCGACUGGAGUCAGCAGAUAGGGGACCAUACGGUCGGUUUCCGAUGGUUCACGAUGAGCGGUAACUACAGUCAAUUUAGCGACCAGUUUGAGCAGAUACGCGGCCGUGACAUACUACCCGUGGUCGAACGAGAUCUGAUGCACAGUCUGCAGCAACGGUUUCAAAGUUUGCUAAACGAGAUCUUACGGUUGGCACCGUUUGAACGGUUCUUCCCUACCGUGUACUAGCGAAGGCGCACCGAGCACCUGUGAUAAGCUAGACGAUAUCGUUGUUUUGUACAUACGCUUAGUAGUUAUGUGUAGGGUUUGUGCCGCUGCCAGUACUAGUUGCGGUGGUGACAAAUAUUGUUUUAUAAUAAACGAAUUUAAUAACAAAGGAA